AUGGAGGGAGGAGAGGAGCGAGGGAUGGAGGGACGAGUGCACAGGCUUUCAGCUCUGCAGCAGCAGCUGCUCUGCUCUCUGUUGGGCUCUGGUGUGACCCGUGAAGUGCUGAUCCAGGCCAUCAGCGAGCUGGAGAGAGAGCGGAACCGACCUGGAAUCGGGCUGGGAGGUGGCGCCAGAGCAGACCGCAUGGAAGCGGCCGAGCGGACGGACGGAGAGAGUUCUGAGGACGGAGACUCAGACUUCCCUCCACCCAUCUUCAGGGAGAUUGAGAAACUACCGCCAGAGGAGGCAGCUAGGCAAAGGGCUGAGGUGGAGCAACUGCUGCAAGAGGACCCAUGGCGUGUGGCGAAGAUGAUAAAGAGCUACAUGCAGCAGCACAAUCUUCCUCAGAGGGAGGUGGUGGAGACAACGGGACUGAAUCAGUCUCACCUGUCACAGCACCUGAACAAAGGUACGCCCAUGAAGAACCAGAAACGGGCCGCGCUCUACAGCUGGUACGUCAAGAAACAGGACGAGAUCAGCCAGCAGUUCACCAAUGCAGGUCGGGGGCUGGUUCUGGGGGAGGAGCCAAGUGAAGAAAACAAGAAGGGGAGGAGGAACCGGUUUAAAUGGGGCCCAGCAUCACAACAGAUUCUGUUUCAGGCCUACGAGCGUCAGAAAAACCCGAGCAAGGAGGAGAGAGAGGGACUGGUGGAGGAGUGUAACCGAGCAGAGUGUUUGCAGAGGGGCGUGUCUCCGUCACAGCUGGCCGGUUUGGGUUCGAAUCUUGUGACAGAAGUGCGUGUUUAUAACUGGUUUGCUAAUCGCCGUAAAGAGGAAGCGUUUCGCCACAAACUAGCGCUCGACCCACCUUACAGCAACCAAACAGCAUCCGGGACAGAGCAGAGCAUCCCGCCCACUCCCACACAAGGUCUGAAGUUCACUUCCUCAGUACUGUGUGAGGGUGUCGGGGCAGCGCGGUCUGCUGGGAAUGGAGACAGAGCUGACGGAGGUCACCUGGGGACAGGUCUGGUCCAGCUGGAGCCAAGUCACACACUUCUGGAAGCACAUCAGCACAAACCAAUAUCAGGAGGAGGGUCUCUGCCGCCCGUUAGCACCCUGACCUCUCUCCACGGCAUGUCUCACACACACUCUGGCUCGCCGCAGGGCCUCAUCAUGGCCUCCUUACCCAGUGUCAUGAGUCUGGGAGACUCGUCUCUGCUUAUAGGUCUCACGUCUACUCAACCACAGACGGUUCCGGUCAUCAACAAUGUCGGGGGCGGGUUCACCACACUCCAGCCAAUCACCUUCCAGCAGCAGCUCCACACAUCAUCCCAGCAGCCAAUCACGCAGCAGCUGCCAAGUCACAUGACUCCAAGUCCAUUCAUGGCCACGAUGGCACCGCUGCCCUGCCACAUGUACAGUAAGGCAGAUCUGACGUCGUAUCCGUCCUCCAGCCUGCUGUCCCAGGCGAUGGUCAUCACUGACAGCAGCAGCAUCGGAACCCUCGCGAAUCUCACCACGGUCCGACAGACGCUGAGCUCAAACCCUGAGGAACACACAACCACCACAAUCCAGGAGGAGUCACUACACCUGCAGUCCAGCUCUCCAGCACCAGUGUCCUCCAGCAGUUUGGAUAUUUAUCCUCAAACCCAGUCCAGUGACAGCCACACCGCCCACCUCCUCACUUCAUCCCCCGGAGACAUCGGCCCCUACAUUCCCGCACAGAUGGUCUCUACCGCUCAAUAG